GUUGAUCGUCCCCCGGCGCCGCGGCGGAGGUGCCAAACAGACAAGUAUGACGUUUAACUGAAGCAGGAAGUCCCAAAGAAGUCUUUCGCUCCAGCAUUCUGUUCGUCCGCAAUGGAAAUCAUGGAUACUCAGUGUGCCUUGGAGGCUGUGGAGAGACUGCAAGCCAAAUUGAAGGAGCGAGGGGAGGCCCCCACUCAGGAGAAGCUCUCCCUGCUGAAGACUGUCCUCCAGAGCCCCUUGUUCCUUCACAUACUCAGCUUACAGCAAGCUCAGCGGAAGCCCCCAGCGAAGGGGAAAGGCAUUUCCAAGUCCGUGUCAAUGAACUGUGGCCCCUGCCCCGGCGUCGGCCUGAAGACGCUGAGCCACAGUGACUCGUACACGUGGGCCAUGGAGAACCGGCGGCCCAGCGCCGCCCGCUCCCUCCACAGGGACGGCAGCAUCUCCUCUUUCGGCUCGCAGGACCUGUCCUUCUCCGACCUCUACCCCGACAACUGCAUUCCCGCUGAAUCCCAGUACUGCACUCCCCCUCGAAUUUCCCGAACCAUGUCGAUGGGGAGAAACCUGUCUGCUAUCGCCCAUGAGAGGCGCCAUGUGGAGAUGAUAGAGCUAACCAAUGACGGGAAAGGACUCGGUUUCGGCAUCAUCGGGGGCCGGAGCACAGGAGUGAUGGUCAAAACAAUCCUCCCUGGAGGAGCUGCUGGAAGGGAUAAACGUCUGCAUAGCGGUGAUCAGAUCUUGCGCAUUGGAGACACUGACUUAGCGGGAAUGAACAGCGAGCAAGUGGCGCAGGUGCUGCGAAAUGCUGGUAGCAAGGUGAAACUGCUCAUUGCCAGAGAUAUUACCAAGGACAACCACCUCUCCUCUCCCGUCUUCAGCCGGGAUGGCUCGGACGGCAAGCUGAGUGACUUGAAGGAUGACUAUGAGUACAGUGUGCAGUACACUAAAAACAGCCGGGGCCUGGGAUUCACCAUUUCAAGCUACAUCGGUGACCUAAACUCAGUCUACAGUGCCGGAGUGAUGGUGAAGAGCAUCGUAAAGGGCAGCACCGUGGAUCAAGAUGGACGCAUACACGUCGGAGACGUCGUCUUGUCUGUGGAUGGGGUGAGCCUGCAGGGCUGCAGUGAACAACGUGCCAUGGAAGUGCUGCGGAGGACUGGCCCGCUGGUCAGACUGCGGCUGCUGAGGAAAGCCGUCCGUUUAAGCCACAUCCUGCCCCCGGUCCCGCCGCUGCAGCCCCUCCGACACUCCCACAGCUUCCACGAAGGCAACCCUUAUAAAGUGGGCCUCAACAAGAUUCAAGAGACAGGAAUAUGCUCCCUGCGUGAAAUCUCCCGCCGAGCGGUAUACGCCAACAGACGACCCCGCCACGAUUCCAGAAACGGUGUGAAACUGACUCCGUCAGAGGAAGAGAGCCUGAGGAGGAGGUGGCAGCAUGCUGUCGGACCCCGUUUUGAAGUGAUAGUGUGUCAGCUGGAGCGCUUCAGUGAGACGAGCGGCCUCGGCAUCAGCCUGGAGGCUCGUGCCGGACAUCACUACCUGUGCUCCAUCCUGGAUGAGGGGCCUGUUGGCCAAAGUGGCAAGAUCUUCACCGGAGACCAGAUACUGGAGGUGAAUGGGAUCCCUCUCAUCGGCGAGACACAUAAGGAGGUGGUGAAUAUUCUGAAGGAGCUGCCCGUGCACGUAUACCUUGUGUGCUCUCGCAUUGUGCACCCUUCAAUCCCUGACAGCGAGGAGGAAGACGAUGACGACGCCUGCCUCACCCUAAAAGAGCUGCUGGCUGAGUUCAAUGACAAGUUGGACCAGGGCUGUGUCAUCCCCUGUCCUACAGCUGAGGACAUCACGAAGCGCGGUGUGCCCCCCAUGUCACCCCCUCUGGCCAUGUGGGAGAGAGAGGCUCAGGUGGUGGAGCUGGAGAAGGGAGAGCUGGGCCUGGGCUUCAGUAUUCUGGACUACCAGGAUCCAGAAGAUGCGACCAAAACAGUCCUGGUAAUCCGGUCCUUGGUGCCUGGAGGGGUAGCAGAUCGUGACGGCCGCCUGCUGCCUGGUGACCGGCUCAUGUUUGUUAAUGAAACUGACCUAGAAGGGUCCAGCCUGGAUUAUGCCGUGCACGUCUUAAAGUCCACUGGCUACGGCCCCGUGCGCAUUGGAGUUGCCAAACCCCUGCCGCUGGAGCUGUGUGGCGGUCUUACACCCAUCUCAGAGCGGAGCACACGGGCUUCCUGCGAUGACACCGACAGUCACACUCAGGUCAGCCUGCUAGCCGAGGCGGCCGAGGCGAACACCAACGCCAACGUUUACAACUCCGAGGACAGCAGCAUCAACCAGCUGUGCUACACGGACGCCCAGCUGCGCCAUCGCUACGGCAUCAUGGAAGAUGACAAUAGGCAGCAAGCCCCACCUCUGCCCCCCCGCACCAGCUUUGAGAGGACAAUCACUGUUGUCCGGGGCAACCGUAGCCUUGGGAUGUCGGUGAGUGCUAUCAAGGACGGCUCAGCCAUGCUGGUGCGCAGCGUGGUCCAGGGCGGCUCUGUUAGCCAGGAUGGCAGGCUGGGGGUGGGGGACACCAUCUUGGCCAUCAACGGCGAGCCUACCUCCAACCUGACAAAUGCCAAGGCCAGGGCCAUGCUCCGCAGACACUCUGUCAUAGGGCCAGAGAUGAGUGUGACCUACGUCCCAGCUCAUCAGGUGGAUGAGCAUCGUGUUCGCCUGUGUCUGCCUCCUCUGGCAUCCAUCACCACAGACAAUGGCUUCACGUCGCCCGCCGUUCCGACUCCCUCGCCGGAGCCCGCGUCGGACCCGAAAAGGUCGUCCAGUCCCCCGACUUCCUCCGCGACAGCGCCGCCGGCCCCAGUCAAAUUUAAAGCGGCGGCUUCAGACCCAGCCAGAGUCCGAGCUUCGGCUUCAUUCGCGGCUCCUCUCAGAGGUCCAAACACGGACUCAGACUCCAGUUGGAAAAUUCCCAAAACUCCACCUCUUAAAAAUAAGGGAGAAGAAAAAGACGGAGACACCGUGCAGAAAAAGACUCAAAUUACUGUGGAUGGGAAAGUCCAAAAGCCUGACGUGGAGAUAAAGGUGGAUGGAAAAGAAAAAGGAGAUGAGGAGCAUUAUUCUCAUGCCACCGAUUCCUGGGAUCAGCCAAAAAGUGUGCGGCUGACUCGAGCGCCGGGCCAGUCCCUGGGCAUCAGUAUAAUGGGAGGCAGAGGUAUGGGCCGAAGACUGAGCAGCGGAGAGAUGAUGAGGGGAGUCUUCAUCAAGCACAUCAGCCCCGACAGCCCGGCAGCACUUAAUGGCACCCUCCAGACUGGAGACAGGAUACUGGAGGUGUGUGGCGUGGACCUACGAGACGCCAGCCAUGAAGAAGCAGUUGAAGCCAUCCGCAGGGCUGGAAAUCCUGUGAUGUUUCUGGUCCAGUCUGGAAAACACAGAUCCCAGUCUCCUGCUCCCAUCAGCCAUGAAAGACUGACUCCAACAGCACUGUCCAACUCGCACUGCAGCAAGGAAACAGAGAAUCUCAGUGGCCUCUUCCUUAGUUUCUCCCCAGCAAACCCCUUUACACCCACCCCCUUUAAGGUACCAUCCCCAACGUCUGAUAGGACGGAUCGGCGAAGCCCCAUAAAUGUCACAGCAGCGAUCUCCGCAACACCUGAAGACGGGGAUGACACCGGCAGGAAAAAGAUGUUGGAGCGCUAUGGCAGUCUGUCUGGACAGCUCCAGAUGAUCGAGCUGGAGAAGGACCCGGCGGCUCACGGCCUGGGGAUCAGCCUGACGGGGAACAAGGACGGCUCCCGAGCCCGCAUGAGUGUGUACGUGGCGGAUGUAGACCCUCGAGGACCGGCUGGGUUAGACGGAAGGAUACAGGUUGGGGACGAGCUACUGGAGAUUAACGGUCAAAUUUUAUACGGCCGGAGUCACCAAAAUGCUUCCACCAUCAUCAAUAAUGCCCCGUCUAAAGUCAGGAUCAUUCUCAUCAGAAACAAGGCGGCUCCCGGUGAAACACGGGUGGGCCUGAGACAGGAAUGUGAGGACACGGUCGACUUCCAGACAGACGCCGCCCAGUCUGAAGGAUUAUCCCGAGGAGUUGAGCAUAUCACCCUGCCCCAGGAUCGAGUGGGUCUGGGUCUUUGCCUGGCUCAGGACGGGUCCAGGGAGGGGCUGGUGGUCCGGUCCCUCAUCCAGAACGGCACUGCCAGUAAGGAUGGGAGAAUAAAGGUUGGAGAUAAAAUUCUCGCAGUGGGUGACGAACCUUUAUGUGGACUGUCAGUGGACAAGGUGUCCAGUUUGAUUCUCAAACACCAGGUCACUGUCAAGCUUUCCAUCAGCCGUUCCAAGAGUCUCUCUCCCCCCUCUCCUCUCCCCGUCCCCGCAGCGCUCUCCCAGCCGUCCUCACCGUGUCCUUCGUCCUCCCUCCUCCCCCCGGCCUCCUCCCCCUCCCCCGCGUCCCUCAGUACCUCGCAGACCUCUCCAAUUGAGCAGUCUGAUUGGCUUGGAUCUUUGCCUACGACCUCUGACCCCCUGAGCUGUCCAGUGGCCGCUGGAAGAGAAACUACCAUUGAGAUUUGUAAAGAAAAUGUUGGCCUUGGCCUCAGCAUUGUUGGAGGGUGCGACACUCUGCUGGGGGCAGUAAUAAUCCAUGAAGUAAAUGAUGGAGGAGCAGCACAAAGAGAUGGGAGACUGCAAGCCGGGGACCAGAUAUUAGAGGUAAACGGCAUCGACCUGCGGCAGGCCACUCACGACGAGGCCAUCGCGGUGCUGCGGCUCACCACCCAGCGCGUUCAGCUGUGUGUUUUCAGACACCAGGAGGCCUACAGGGAGGAGGACCUUUGGGACGUCUUCAGCCUGGAGCUGAAGCCUCGACCUGGAGAAGGACUGGGAUUUACUACUGUGGGAAAAAGUAAUGACACGGGCAUCUUUGUGUCAGAUAUCAUCAGAGGAGGCGUAGCAGAUUCAGAUGGCAGGCUGUUGCUAGGUGACCAGAUCCUGUCAAUCAACGGGGAAGACGUCCGUGCCGCUUCGCAGGAGCAUGCAAAGACACUUCUGCAGAGCUGCAGCGGACACGUCCAGCUGGAGGUGGCACGCUUUAAAGCCGGGGUGCAGUAUUCACAGCGCAGUCAGAGCGAAGACUCUGACUGUUCAACGCUGACCCCCUCAAGUGGAUGCGAUGCUGUUUUCAGCCACCAGAGGGAGACAGAUAACAAAACAUGGAGAAACACAUUACAAGACCUCAACAUCAGAAAAGUAAUCAUUCACAAGGGUCCAUGUGACUCCCUGGGCAUCAGUGUAGCUGGAGGAGUGGGCAGUCCCCAUGGCAACGUUCCUCUUUUUAUCGCUACCAUGGAUACCGAUGGACUGGCUGCCAAAACACAGAAAUUACAGACAGGUGACAGGGUCCUGAGUAUCAACGAUGUGUCCACUGAGGGAAUGACUCAUGCCCACGCUGGAUCUCUGCUGAAGAACAGCACAGGAACCAUCAGUCUGCAGGUGGCGCCGGGCUCCUGGGGUUGGAGCAUGCAGGAGCAGAGUGAAAUACAUGCCAGGUCCUUAACCCAGCCCAGCAGCCUCACCUGGACUCACAACAACCUUUGCGCUCGCAUGUAUAAGACCAUCACUCUUGACAGAGGCUCCUCAGGCCUGGGCUUCAGCAUCGUAGGGGGCUUUGGCAGCCCUCAUGGAGAUCUACCCAUCUACAUCAAAACUAUUUUCAGCAAGGGGGCGGCCAUGGAGGACGGCAGGCUGAAGCGUGGAGAUCAAAUCAUCGCUGUGAACGGACACUGCCUGGAGGGCGUGACUCAUGCUGAAGCCGUGGACAUCCUGAAAAAGACCAAAGGCACCGUCGUCCUCACUGUGCUCUCCUGAGCUCUGCCCCACUGAGGCCCAUUUUGAUUACAUCUCACCAAAAAAAAGCCCUGAAGGGAUGGAGCCGCUUCUUUUGGAACUGCUUCACACAGACUUGAGGAGGCCAAGACG